AUGCCGCGCACGUCUUCACCGGCAACAGAGUUUAACCUUGUGCCCCCAUCUCCUCCUGUUUUUCGUGACGCCUGUAGGCACAGGCAGCCCCAGCUCAAAGGCGAUACAUCGAUGGACUUCCCAAUGGGUGAUGAGAGUACGCAGCCGGACGACGAAGACAGCAUGGACGGCCGCCACUUCGACAACCGUGGUCACGACUGGCUGGCUUCCAGAUACUUCGAGCUUCUGGAGAGUGGUGGUCGCGCACGGACUCCUUCUGACUUCGGUACCGACACGACGAGCUCGGGCGAUACGUCUGAGGGCGAAGGAUUAGUGCGGGCUGACGCAAGGAUAAUACUGAGACAUCUUGUUUAUCGCGUCUUGCGCGUCAUAGUGUGCACUGAUAGCCGUCCCAGCGACUGGUAUCGCGCUGAGGACCCGCGAGCACGCUGGAUUUGCCCCUUGGAGGGGUGUACGCACGAGGUUGAUCCGUUAUGGCUAGAUGCUGAGGCGCAUGAAGCCGUCGUGGGCGUAUUUGGCGCGUUAGGGAUCACCACUGAGAGAUGGACUGGUCACUCUGUGCUUGCGCUGAAGGAGGAGUGCGAACUCGACACGGAUUGUUGCCGCUUGAGCACGUCUCGCGAGGAGGUCGCGUAUAGGCGGUUGGCGAUGGACGUUAUCGGAUGGAGCCAUAUAAGUACGUCUCAUAUGGUAAGCUACGGCGUCACCAUACGCGAUACUGGAUGCAUUGACCCGGAGAGCGGACUCCGCGGUGUGGCUUUCAUCAAGGCUGACACGGACGAGAUUCUCGCUGCUUAUGCGCCUGGUCUCGGCCUACCGGAGACGGACGAGCGCCAUCGUCAGGCUCUGGAACGUGUUCGGCGCCACGAGGUGGCUCGCCUAACGGCGGAAGCUCACAGACUGCGUGUUAUCUUGACGCGCUGGCACCGUCAACGGGAGCGUUUUCUCGAGAACGCGGUUUCCUUCUGCGACAAAGUUCCCCGUGCAGGACGCGAACCUUCUUCUAUGGCUGGGCGCCUUGUUCUGCUUGGUCUGGAGCAGUUCCGCGAGCAACACGAGCCGACAUGGGCUCCGGGAAGGUUGAGGGAUGUUCGAGCGGCGGUGGUGGCGUGGGAGAGCUGGGAUCUUCUUUCGUAUCCGUAUCCUAACUUUUGGGUCUGA